AUGUUGCCACAAAAGAAAGCCGUUGCCGUGGUGAAGGUUGUCCAAAAAAAGGCCGAUCUCACAAAGGACAAGAGAGUACUAGCUGCCCAAGAACUGGGCAAGCAAAGGCACAACGUCAUACAAGUCUUGAAGUACACAAACGCGUCGCCAAUCAGAAGGUACAAUGACGCGGGCUACUUGUGCUGCUUCUGUACGCAACAGUACAAAGACCCUGCGGACUUAAAAGCUCAUACCGCCAAGGAGCACAACAAAACCAUAGAGCAAUUCAUGAAGGGAGUAGGACUCACAGCCUUCUCGGUUAAAUUGGACAUAACCAAUUUAAAGUGCAAGAUCUGUGACGCGACUAUCGAAAAACUGGAAGGGAUUUACGAGCAUUUGUCGAACGCGCACGAGAUACCGUUCCACGUGGGUUUAAAGAAUCACAUCUUACCGUUCAAGUUCAAUGAUGAGAACCUACGGUGCACGGCGUGCAAUACUAUUUUCGGUUCGUUCAAGUCAUUGCAGGAGCACAUGUAUAGGCACUUUGGGGAACACGCAUGUGACGUCUGCGGGAGCCAGUUCAUGAACGCCCAAAUGGUCAGGCACCACAAACCGAAGCACUUGAAAGGCAGCUUCGCUUGCAGUAAUUGCGCGAAGACAUUCGACACGGCCCGCAAGAGGAACAGCCACGAAAGAAGCGUCCACGUCGACGCAAUACGAAUGAACAAAUGCAGCUUGUGUAACGAGAAAUUCAAACAUUACCACACUAAAAUGCUGCACCUGAAGAACGUUCACGGGAGGGCGUCGCAGUUUCCGUGUCAGUCUUGCAACCAGUCUUUCGCCACAUGGGCACGACUGUCGCAGCACAUCAGAAAAUUCCAUUUAAUGUUGCAGACUUUUAAAUGUGCCUACUGCGAAAUGAGCUUCGGCAAUGUCGCCUUCCUCAGGAAUCACAUGGUCGCCAAGCAUAAUGGAUACACAUGA